ACAGUACGCAUCGAAAUCCAGUACAAUGAAGGCGUUUUCAUCAAUGCGUGAGUUGUCUGUGAUUUUGUUCGUUCACUUUGAUUAAAAAUAAUAAUAAAGGCAGUUUAAUAAUGUGAAAAUUAAUAAAGAAAAUUCUCUUUUAACCCAAAAUAAUGGUUGUCAUAACAAGUCAUAGCUACAUUGGAGAUGGGGGUACAAUGUUGGGGGCGAUUGCAGGCCUCGGAGCCAUACUGCUUGUCAUUAUCCUCUACAUAAAAAACAAAGGACUUUUAUGGUGGACUCCAGCACGAGGUAUAGCAUGUUGUGAGGAAGCCUGUCCUCCCGUAUCAUCACGAUCAGUACCAACACCUUCAGUGCCUAAUCCUUUGUCACAUUUCUCUCCUAAACACAAAUUAGCGAAAGCAUACUCUUUUGAUGGUUGCGAAUCUAGUUCCGAAUCCGAGAUAGGUCUUGGAAACAAAAGUCAUCAAGGUCCUAUAUCAGUACCAGUACCAGUUAUUCCUUCUGGUUCCUAUUAUCCAGCCAGAGUUAACCAGGAUCUAAUAUCUCUUGUGGAAAAAGGUAGAGCUGGAGUGAGCAGUAAUAGUUCUUGUUGCAGUUCUACCACCAGUUCCGUUGGAGAAAAACACAUGAUGUUGACAACGAUGGCUACAAAAGUGACUGCAGAAAUUAAUGACCUAAUCCAAAAAACACCUAUAAAUCUGAGGGAAACAAAAAUAGACAAUCAAGAUUUGGAUAUUCAGAUGGUAGACACAUGUGCACAAAUAGAUACAACAGACAAUAACACCAAUAGGGAUUGUAUUGUCGUGAUGAGCCAGGACGUAGAAGACAGAGGAGAAGUUUUAUCUUGUGGCGGUGGUUCCGGAUCCGAACCGGAAUGUCAAAUAAUUCCAAAUAAUAAGUGUGGUCAUUUGGAAAUCGCUCUACUCUACGACGCGCCCAUGCGGAAGAUGACAGUUCACGUCCUCCAAGCCAGAGAUUUUCCUAGCAGGGAUCGCGGUCAACUCACACACACCCAGGUGAGACUGAUUCUACUCCCUAGUAAGAAACAAAAACAUAAGACGAAAAUUAGGCAAGGUGAAAAUCCUCAGUAUAUGGAAAAUUUUGUCUUGCAUCGCGUGAAUCCAGAGGACGUUAAUUCCAUGGGCAUAAGACUGCGACUAUAUGGCUGUGAAAGAAUGCGCCGAGAAAGAUUAAUUGGCGAAGCUGUUGUCAGUUUUGCCAACAUUAAUUUGGAAUUGGAAAAUAAUUUUUGGUUAAAUUUAGAACCAAGAGCUAAUACAGCUAUGUUGGGCGGAUGCACAACUGAUUUGUUAAGUUUAGCUAGAUCGGACAGUACUGGCUCAUCACAUUCCAUGCAGCAUGGAGGUGUACCAGAAUUACUGCUCGGCUUGUGUUAUAAUGCCACCACCGGAAGAUUGAGUGUAGAAGUUAUCAAGGGAUCCCAUUUUAGUUACCUUUUAAGAAACCUGGCAAUUAACAGACCUCCAGAUACAUAUGUGAAACUCCAUCUGGUCAGUAGUACUGGACAAGAACUGGCUCAGAGCAAGACCACCGUUCGACGCGGUCAACCCAAUCCUCUUUUUAAAGAGACAUUUGUGUUUCAGGUGGCGCUUUUCCAGUUGGCCGAUGUGACAUUAAUGGUGUCCGUUUAUAACAGAAAAGGUGUCACCAAGAAAAAAGAAAUGGUAGGAUGGUUCAGUUUGGGUCUAAACUCUAGUGGUGCCGAAGAAUUGGCUCACUGGAUGGAUAUGAAAGAAUUUCAACAGGAACAGAUAUCACGAUGGCACGUACUUGUACAAUCAUAGCUGUUGCACAUAUCAUUUAGAAUUUAUCAAUUCUCAAUGCUCUCAAUAGAAAUUUGUUGAAGAAGGGAACCGUAACAGCUAUGAUUUUGUUUUAAGACUAUGAUUGCUACAAAAUAUGUAAGUUUUUCUUAAAACUUCCUACUUGAUUCAAAUAUUGUACCCAUAUUCUAAAUCAGUACUAUUUUGUAACAAUCAUAUUGGUGUUAUACUAAUUCCAGUGAGAUUUAUAUCAUUCAAAGUUUUUUCAAUCCACAACAACUUCGCCCGACAACGACAUGAACACUUGUUUUAAAAUAUAUUACAACUAUUAGUGAUGGCUAGUAAAAAAGAAAAGUUAUAUUUCAUAAUUAAUUACGAUUACAAGUAAAACUGUUUCAAAGUAACUUCAUUUCUAAUAGGUAUAAUUAACUGAGACAUGAAGCCUUGGAGGCAACAAUUUCACUCAUUAUUCCAUUCUCAAAUACCUUUGGGGCUGUAGGUGAGAAAAUAAUCGCUGAACGGUAUUCUGAAGUUGCGCAAAUCACAUUACAAGACGUGAGAGAGAUGUUUUGUCCUUUUGAGACCAGCCAAACUCUAGUUCUAAAACAUUAAUCAUGACGCAUUAACCCAGCUGAUAACCCAUCGAUGCCACAGGAAUUCUUGUUUUGAAUGCUGAGUAGCUCAGAUCUAUUCACAGGUCUAAGGAAGAGACUGUGAACGAGAAAAGAAAGAGCUUGACGACUUGGGGAUAUUUUAGAGCUAAUAUUCUCACUAACGUUAAUGAUAAACUCCAUGAAAAUAUGAAGUAAUUAAUAACCUAUCGAUUUUUACAAACUUAGAUGCUAUUGUACCUAAAAGGAAAAGUACUAUACCCUAUUUUUGAACUGGGAGGAUCAUUUUAGGAAACCUGAAUCACUCCCACUACAAAAAUUACUAGAUUGGAAGCGAUGACGUAAAAUACUACUCAUACUAAAAUUAUACAGUCUGGAAGUAUUGAACCACAAACUAAAUAUUAAUUAACCUAAUGGACACAUAUUUAAAAAAAAAAUGUAACGCUCUUUCGUCCCUACGUGACGGAUUGACGCUUAUCGGAUUGCCUAGGGCGCCAAUUUUUUAUUGUGAUGCUCCACUUGUUCAGGGCAGCGUCAGUGAAGAAAAUAAAAUAAACCAGAGGUUUAUUGAUAACAACAGUUGAACAAAACUUUAUUUAUUAAAAACGGAAAUAAAA